CUUGCUUGCUCUUCCUCCCGUUCCAGGUCUGUGAGCGGUUUGUUGAAGCUGGUUUUAUGGCCGAUGCUGAUUUGGACUCUGGUUGUCUUCUGAACAAGAAGAUCCGCAGCGCGCAGCUGGCGCAGUACAACUUCAUCCUGGUGGUGGGCGAGAAGGAGCGUGCCGCUAACAGUGUGAACGUGAGAACCAGAGACAACAAGGUGCACGGAGAGCAGAGCGUGGAGGAGGUGAUGCAGAGACUGACGCUCCUCAGACUGUCCCGCUGCCGCUGCGCCGAGGAGGACUUCUGAGAGGAACGGCUGGAGACGGGACGGAUGAAGGGAAAAGAGGAUGCUCUGUGAAUGGAGGGUUGUGUUGUGUUAGUUGGCUGUUAAAUGAUGGUUUGGUGUCGGAGUUCUGAAGGUUUGCAAUAAAGGCUCGAAGAAUCAC